AUGGGCAAGCAGAAGAAGGGCAAGACAAAGGCCUUCGCUGCGGUCAAGCGGAUGAUUUCGCCGAAGGAUGCGCGCAUCAAGAAGCCAGCACCGAACCCGAACCAGUUGCCGAAGCUUGAGCGGCAGCGGAAGGAUGCCGAGGUUCGCAACGUGGCGCAGACGCCGGCGUCCCUCUUCUUCUCGCACAACAUGUCGCUGGGUCCGCCAUACCACGUGCUGAUCGACACCAACUUCAUCAACUUUUCGAUCCAGAACAAACUCGACAUCAUGAAGAGCUUGAUGGACUGCCUAUACGCAAAGGCGCCUUCUCGCGGCUGCCAUCCCCGCGCGCCUCUCCCCGCCGCCGCACGCGGCGCUCUCCUCUCCCGCUGGACCGCCUUCUCGCACCCUCCUCGUCUGCCGCUCUCUUGGCCGGCCGCAGGUCGUCCCAAGCUGGGGCCGAAGUACCGGGUGGCGCUGCGACUCGCGAAGGACCCUCGCUUCGAGCGGCUGCCUGCGAUGAGGCAAGGCAACGAAUACGCUGACGACGACCUCGUCGAGCGGGUCACCGCGCACCGCAUCUACAUUGUCGCCACGUGCGACCGGGACCUGAAGCGACGACUACGAAAGAUCCCGGGGGUGCCCCUCAUCUCGAUCAAGGAGCGGAAGUACCAGGUUGAGCGCAUGCCGGAAGGGCAGUUCGGCUAG